UAAAAAUUGUAUGGAGCUAACUGCCGAGGACAGAAAAAUCAAGAAAAAUAGAGAAAAUUUAUACAAACUCAAGACAAAAAUUGACAUAGGAACGAUUUUUGACAGAGAGCCUAAAAAUAAUAAUACCAGCUACAGGUACACGACCAGGAUGAUACUCAGAUCCUACUGUAAAACAGAAGAGGACAAAUAUAAACUCAAUGACUUCCCCGAUGUCGACGUCAAGUGCAUUGCAGACCAGCAGAUCAACCCGAUAAUCAGGUGCAUGAGUAGUACUAGGAUUUUGGAAUACAUUCUGUCGAUGAUCGACUUCCAGCCUUAUAAAGAAGGCUCCCUCAUGCUCAUUUCAGUGUUUGGAAUUGAUAUCAUUUACAGGAUCAAAUAAAUACUUUAUACUAGCAUUCCUACUUGAUAGUACAAAACCUCCUCUUGAUGUCCAGAGCCAAAGUUUCUCAGCUAGUUCAAUACAGGAAGUUAAUUUUGAAGAUCCAAGCCAAAUUUCACUUCUUUUACCAAGUAAUCUCUCAUUCUUGCAUUGAUUGGGAAGAGAUAGCAAAAUUUUCGCAGAAUUGGAAGAGACUAAUAAAAAGGCUGAAAUAAAUAUACUGGAUUUCAAGCUAAUAAUGAACUAUAUCCAAGGAUACUUUACCUAUUUCUUUAUUGACCUCAUAAAUAAAGAUUUCUUAAAUGCUCAAGCAGUCUCAAAAGGAUGAUCUCCACUUGACUCUAUAAACUCCCUCCUCCUCUUCAUCGAUAAGGAAGCUUUAGAUAGAGUAAACUCAGUUGCAGAAAUCAUAAACUCCACUUCAAUAGAUCAGAUAAACUCAAAAUCCUGUAUCCUAAAAGACAUCCUAAAGGGUUUUCACAAGAAAAUAUGAGAAUUCGACAUCCUGUACGCUAAACGUAUCAAAACAUACCUAGAAACCUACGAACUAUGCCACAUCUACCUCUUCGAGACCAUUCCCAACCCAGACUCCAGUCACUACGACCCCACUGACUCCUCCUUCAAGCCUCAAAAGCCCGACCUUAACUUCCUAUUCAAGCACAAUUUCACCAAAGAGUCUGACCCUGCUCGCCUAGAAUCCUACAGUUUCUUCACAAAAAUUCUACAUGAGCUCAUCCCCAAACUUGAAGGAGUAGACUACCAGUCCUCUCCAGUAGUCCCAGAGUACCACUGUGGGGGUUACAUGUUUAAGUGAAGAAGUCUUAUUAAUAACUCGACUUUUAUGUGAUUUGUGUUUAAGAGGAAUAUUGUGAAGAGGUAUGCAAGGGUUCCCACUGUGUUACAAAGAAAUGACACUUCUUUUAAAGGAAAGGGGAUGAAGGAUUAUAAUUAUGUAAAGGAAGACAAGAUGAUAACUAGGUCACAAUUCCAAGGGCAGCAGCAUUAUAGAUUACAUCUUGAAGAUCGAGAAAUGGCUUUUGCACAUAUGUGAAAUGUACUUUUAAGCUUUCUAAAGUACCAGAGAAGUGAUCAGAUCAGAAUUUUAGAUAGCCUUAUUUCUGAGAGAAAGCAGGCUAUUCUGGGUAGACUUUUUGGGGAAAUUGAUGACCAUGUUGAAAAUGACAGUUUUGAUAAAGUGAUGCCAGAGCUAAACCCUGUCAAAAUGAUCACGAAAUCCCUAAAAUAA